AUGAAUGCCAUCCUCAACACCGUCUCCGCCCCCCUGAAAGUCGUCGCCGGUCCCAUCACAGCCGUGGCCGCCACAACCGGCACCGUCGCUGCCGGUGUCACGCCAUACCUCCUCCCGAUCGUCGGCUUUGGCGCCAAGGGCAUCACAGCUGGGUCCGCUGCGGCAGCAGCUCAAGGUGCUUUGUACGCUGGUGCCGUACCCGCUGGUGGCUGGUUCGCAACAUUGACAAGCUGGGGCAUGACGGGUGCAGCGACCGGCGUGCUUGGUGCUGCGGCUCUUCCUGUCGGAGUUGUCGUUGGUGCCGGUGUUUACGUUGCUGGGCGGGCUCUCGUGGGAUGA